AUGGCAACUGUCGCGAACUCCAUAGCUCACCCAACUUUGAUUUCGGUUGAUGCUAUCCACAUCUUUAUCUCACAAUGUCGAUUAAUUGCAAGUCCUGCAAGAGAACAGAAGAACCUGCACAACUGCUGGCAUCCAGAUAUCCCUGCCGUUGCCACAGUGAAGCCCGGACAGGUGUUCAACGUCGAAUGUGUUGACUGGACAGGAGCACAAAUCGGUAACAACGACACGAGCGAUGAUAUCAGAGACGUGGACCUGACCAGCGUUCAUAAUUUGUCCGGUCCAAUCGCUGUGGAGGGCGCCGAGCCUGGAGACUGUCUCGUAGUUGAUAUUCUUGAUGACAUGGGAUGGAGCGAUGCUGCUGCCAGCGGUGGUGCAUGCGGAAAGAUUAGAGGUGACGGCCGCGGGCUCAGCAUGUUCAGCCUUUACACGCUGGACAUGAGCAGCGAUUAA